UUUCGCGGCAUCACCGUUCUUUAUUUUCCACCGGUCCAGGUCUACUCGCGCGCAGCUGCGACUCGGAUGGCGGCGGCGGCGGCGGCGGCGGAGUGGGCCACCAAGGAGCCCUGCAUCAUGGGCAUCGACGAGGCUGGCCGCGGCCCUGUUCUUGGUCCAAUGGUGUAUGGCUGCAUGUUCUGCGCGCGUUCUUACCAUGACACUCUUGCCACCCUCAGUUUUGCAGAUUCGAAGACCUUGAAGGAGGAACAAAGGGAGGAACUGUUUGAAACUCUGAAGACAAAUAGCGCCAUUGGGUGGGAGGUGGAUGUCAUAUGCCCAAAGGAGUUAUCUGCCAAAAUGUUAAAAAGGACAAAAGUCAAUCUGAAUGAAAUAUCUCAUAAUUCUGCAAUGGGCCUUGUUAAAAAAGCUCUCAGCAUGGGAGUUCUACUGACUGAUGUCUAUAUCGACACAGUUGGAGAUCCUGAAAAGUACAGGGUCAAACUUACUGAAAAGUUUCCAGGCAUCACAUUUGUGGUUGCCAAGAAAGCUGAUAGUCUUUACCCUGUUGUUAGUGGAGCAAGUAUAGUUGCAAAGGUCACUAGGGACAGAGCCUUACGAAACUGGGUAUUUGAUGAAACGGCUCAGAAUAUGCACAUGGACACUGGAUCAGGUUAUCCAGGAGAUCCUAAUACUAUACAAUGGUUAAAAGAUCAUAAGCAUCCAGUAUUUGGUUUUCCAACUUUGGUGCGUUUUAGCUGGGGAACCUGCACGUCCUACUUCAAGACUGGAGUUGAAGUCACCUGGGAGUCCGACGAACUUGAUGAAGAUGCAGCUAGCAACGGAAGUGCCAAGCGGCAGGUCAGGUUGUCGAGUUUAGGCUUCACGGGGUUCAAAAGGAAAUCCGAGGAGAUCGAAUCGAGUGGAAAAGGCCGUUGCAAGUUCUUCCAGGCUCGCAAACUUGAGCUGGUCAGGAAAUUUCAGUGAUUUGCAAUAGCCUGGUAGUACACUUGCAGGUUCAGUGAAAUCGAUGUUUCAACAUAUCAAAUGUACUGAUGUGUGAGGUGCUUGUAUCUAUAUCUACUCACUACAACUUGUUUUUGGACAAUGACACAAGUUUGACAACUAGUUUUAGUGUAAUAUAUGGAUGAAAACCUCUGUACAUUGUUGCUAUGAAAUACUACUACUAGACAGAUCA